AUGGAGUUUCAGCCUUCAUUCUUCGUUAUGUACAGCGCUCCUGCUCAAGGUGCUACGGUCGGCUCGUACCACGGUUGGCAGGCAAUCGGCGACGGGCUACCGUCGCGGGAGGCGCUCAACGCCGCGGCGGGGGGCCGUCGACAGCGGUACCGGUACCGCGUGAUUGGUUUCGGCUGUCACACGGAGUACAAGACGAUCGAGUUUCUCGAGGAGCUCUUCGCCACCCGCUUCUGCAGCUGGUGCGGCGUGGUGGCGGGCGAUAUGUACAUCCUGUCCUGCAUGCACGUCAUCUGCCCCACGUGCCAGGAGAGAACGUUCGGUGAUGCCACGUCGGGCUUCGCCGUCUGCAUGAUCGACAAGGAGGUGCUGUCCGUCGACGCGACCGCGAUCAUGCCGAACAACGUGCACUUCAAGCAGGUGCGCUGUCCCUGCCAGGGCUGCGACUACACUUGCUGCCUCAAGGACCUGAACUACCACAUGGGCCUGAGCUGCGCCUUCAACCUGACGACGUGCACCAAGUGCGACGGCAGCGUCGCCCACAAGGACAUGCCGAGCCACUUCUGGACGUGCGAGGGCGCUCCGGGAGUCUUCCUGCAGGCCGCGGAUGUCAACUCCCUGCUUGAGGACCUGGGAAAAGCCCGCAAGGAGCUGGACGGUGCCGCGCUGUGUUCGGCGAGCGCGAGCGUGCUGGAAAGUGUGGUGGUCGCUGUGACCGAGGUGUUUGACAGGAUUAAUAGCCAGCUCGUCAUGGAAACACCUGCGACCCGGUCCCGAUGGCGCUAA